AGCUCGUGAAUGACUGACCAUCGCCAGGUAGCUGAAUAUUUAGAGACUGAGCUUAAGAGCUUUGAUGCUGAAGUUGGUGAUCUCAUCAAAUUAUGGCGCAGCCAAUGUGCAGAGGCUUUGCAGUGCAUCGACACCAGUUUGGAAGAAAAGGCAUUGAUGAUCGGAUCGCUGGAGCGUCGAAUACAACUUGCAGAUAAAUUGGAUGGUCGUUGUGAAAAUGUGAGAAUUUAUAGACAGUCUCUAACGGAUGCGUUGAGCAAGAGCUAUACUGACAAAAUUAAGAUGCUGAAAACAAGAGGCAACCUUCAAACAAGUCUGGGAGAAUUCGACGAAAUGCUACGUCUAGAUUUCUCGAAAAGGAUAACUGUUCGCAACCUGCUGAAACUCAUGGAGUCCAAACCAGAAAACUAUCAGCAUAUAUGGAACGCCGUAAUGGCCGAAUUAUUGCCAUCGGAGCCGAUAUCUGAAUCUUCUCUGGAUUCAAAAGAUUCAACAUCUCAAUUAAGUUGUGAGCCAAUGGAACAGAACACGAGCAGUGAUCAAGAAGCACAAAGCGUAGUAUCAGUCCCAGUGACUUCUGCAGCUGAAAAUCGAAAUUAUGAAAUCCUCACUUCCGCUCAGCUCAUUUCGGGGCCUUUAAAUGUUCCCCAGCCUUCUUCUAUGGCUCCUGCGGUUUCUAUGUUUCCGAUGGGAUCUUUGCAAUCGACCUUUCAUCAGCAUCUUCUGACACAGGGCGGGCAGUUGUACAGUUCAAAUAAAGAGACAUCGGGUAGUGAGGUGUCUGUCUUCGCCCAAUCGUCUGAAUCCGCAGUUCACAACAAUGAAAAAGAGAAUGCACAAACAGUUGAAAUGGAUAUCCGAGAAACAAUCGAGCUACAGUCUUUAGAAGUUGACAGCAUAGUAUCUGUUCCUCCGCAAAACAAAACCGCUCUUGUGGAAGCUUGUGAUGAAACUACUGAACCUGCUCCGUCGGUUCUGUCGUCCGAGUUCGCCAACAAUGCCUCAGAAGUGUCUGACGUUGUAGAUCCUAUGGAUUCAAAAACUGAGGCUGCAGUCUCUGAAAAAAAAGAUCACCAAUCUGACGAUGAAAUUGAAGUAGUGCCUGUUGAAGCGUCUGCUGUAGAACAAAAGAAGUUAUUGAAGACACACCUGAGAACGAACACACCGAUCCAUCGGGGAAUCUCAGUUUUCGGUUUCAAGAGGAAGAACAGAAAGUGGAUGAAGGGAAACAUAGUAAGCAGGACUCCUGGGCCAGAAGGCGAAGACCUCUACCGGGUCAAGUACAGGGAUGCUAACCAAGAACACAGCUACAAUCAAGCUAAACAAAUUGCAUUUGGAUUCUCGUUGAAUCGUGUGACCUAUGCAGUAGGCUCCAGAGUGCUGGCUUUGUUCAGUCACGAUGCACACGAGGGUAAAGGUCGAUUGGAGGACUGUCCGAAUAAGAGAACUAUAAUGGAAACUGGAGUAAUUGGCGAGACUCCGAAUAGUAAAGUAGUUCCUGGGAAGAAUUCGGACAACAAGAACAGGUACCUGGUGUUCUUCGACACAGGACAAGUGCAAUACAUCCCACAUGGGUCCGUAUUCCACCUGCUGACCGAAGAUCAGAGUGAAAUGUGGAAAGAAGUGGUGGACAAGGAGAUGGCUACAUUCCUCCAGGUGUACUUCCACUUCCAUCCGAAGAGGUUCCUUCUUCAGGACCCAGUUGUUGGAAAGCCGAUCACAGUCAAAGACUACAAACGAUGGUCGCAGGCAACCAUAACUGAAGUGGACUGCAACAUCAUCAAGGUCACUUUCGAAGACGCAGACGGUGAGAAAAACAGAUUCGAAUGGAUCUUCCGAGGUUCCGACCGGAUUGAGUCAGUGAAACGAUACAUCACCAAAAUGCUGCAAUCAAACCCAUUAAAAUCUGUGUCAAAUGACGCCGAAAACAAAAACUCAUCGGCUAAGUCAGUGAGCAGCGUAACAAACAGAGGCAGCACUUCAGCCCUUUCAAGAGUGAUCCACAUUCUGAGUUCUUCUGAGGAUGAGAGUGAAGAGCAAAGUGAGAGUCUUCCUGUUUCGGAUUCAAAUGACGCAAGUAGAAAUGCGGAAAAGGAUCCUGCGAAUCGAAUAAUUGGGUCGAAAGAGAAAGAAAUUAAAGCAAUUACUAGCACAACUGGCAAUUCCACUCCGGCGCCCUCUGAGAGAACAAGAUCGACUUCGAAACAUGAUGAUACUGAAGACCUAUCUUCUAACCCAAGGUGGUUUGGAGGGAAAAAAUGGGCAACUGAAUUCAUUCCAGAAGCAAAACGCACAUACGCAAAGUGGCACAAAAAAUGUUCAUAUAAGUGUCUGCAAGUACCAUCAGCACCAAAAGACGAAGAGAGAGGAGCUAAAUGUCUCUUACAAACGCCAGUGUUUGCCGGUUUUGAGCGGGAGUUUUGCCACACGAAAGCACCGGCGUUCAAAGGCGACAAUCCCAAAGUAGCCGUGGUGUACCGAAGCCCUUGUGGGAAGCGCCUAAGAAACAUCGAAGAGUUGGGUGCUUAUUUACUUUCCACAAAAUGUAGUAUAGGGAUUGACAAGUUUUGCUUCGACCCAUUAAUUGCUAAUAUUUUUGAUUCGGUCGAGUUGGAAACCGAAACUUUCUUGGUGAAAGAAGACGUGUCUCACGGUGUUGAGAAGCGGCCAAUUAGAGUAGUCAACAAGAUCGAUGAUUCAGUUCCAAUCUUCGGAAAAUAUAUCUUAGAGCGCCAACCAAGUGCUGAAGUAAUUGCGAUGAUGAAAACGGACCCUGGGUUUCAAGCGUGCUGCGACUGCACGGAUAAUUGCAAGGAUAAGAAGAAAUGCGCAUGUGCACAAUUGACCAUUGAAACAACGAGGAUGGGAAGAAAUGGAAAGUCGAAGCGGAAGCUUACGUAUUCGAAUGCGGGUUUCAAUCACCGAAGAUUAACAACUCGACAUGAGUUUGGCCUGUAUGAGUGCAAUUCAAAUUGCUCGUGCAAUAAGGAGACUUGUUACAACAGUGUAGUGCAGUUGGGUCUUCAAGUGAGACUGGAGCUAUUCAUGACCGAAAAGAAGGGUUGGGGUGUCCGAUCUCUAGACUACAUUCCAGCCGGAACCUUCAUUUGCAAUUACUCUGGAGAACUCAUGACAAAGUUCGCUGCUGAAAUGGCUGCUAUGGUAACUGGCGACACGUACCUCAUGAAUUUGGAUUUCAUGGAGAAAGCGGGAACCUUGAAAGAGGAUGAGGAUGGAAGCCAAGACGACAUAGAAGAAGACGAAGAAGAUUACGAACUAGACGAGGAAGACGACGAGCAGUUCCUGCGACGGAACAGAAGGGCGAACAUAUCUCUCUCACAGUCUGCAAAUUCGGAUCCUUCCUGGACUCCAGGCAAAAUAACAGCAGCUGAAUUGUCAUCUUCUGCCGAGGACUUGCCUUCAGUCAUUGCGGAGGAAGAAGGGUUGGAAGAUAUACGACCCGCAAGUGAUGACGAAGAAGCCGACGGUCCUGGUUUCGGGAUGGAUUUGGACGACCUUUCUGAUUUGGAUGAAACUAACGGAGCUACUGGAAAUGACUCGCUUCGAGAUGGAGUUUUGCUUCUGAAAGGAGGCAAGAAGCGCCAGAAAAGUGGAGAUAAUAACUCAGAAACAGAUCAUAAUUCAGAAGACGACACAUCAUUGUUGGUUUUGGACUCGAUGAACUCGGGAAACAUUGCACGGUUCUUUAAUCAUUCGUGUAAUCCUAACCUAUACGUCCAAAAUGUGUUUAUCGACAGUCAUGACAAAAGAUUUCCCUAUACUGGGUUCUUUGUUGGGGAAACACAUAUCAAACCAGGAGAUGAACUCGGAUGGGACUAUGGAUAUGAGGCGGGAUCAGUGGAAGGAAAGAUACUCUUCUGUCACUGUGGAGCAGGCCAAUGUCAAAAUCGACUCUUGUGAUCAUGAUCACAACUGCUGUUCUCUGUUAGUCCUUCCAAAAAAGACAAUUUUCUAUCUGUAAAGAUCAACGAGGAUAUCCUCAACUCUGCCCAAAAUUUAUGCAAAACUCGGGAGAUCUUUGAUGUUUCCCAUCUAUCAAAUUGACUAUCGACGAGAUGGCCCUCAAUGCUUCUCAAAAUUAUUUAAAACUUGAUCUUUGUUAUGUUCUCAAUUUGUGAAUUUUGAGAAUAUUCUCGAGUUUUCUCUCUCAGCAUCGAUCAAAAUUGUUUAUAUGCUGAUGGUAAUUAAUUUGUGUUCUACUCGAGAUUUUAUCUAUCAAUGAGUUUAUUCUCAGCCUUUUCCGAAAUUUAUUUGAAUCUUGGUUUUUGAAAUUUGAAAUCAAUUUCGUUUGA